CUUUUCUUUUCUCAACCUUCACAUCAUGUCAGGCAAUGACCCCAACCUCAGCGAGGCGGAAAAGAUGCGCCUCAAGCGUCUUGCUCGUCUCGGUGCCCCAGCCCAGACUCAGCCGCAGCCUCAGGCGACAGACGCGCCGUCGACGUCGCAAGAGAGCCGCGAAGCCCACCAGCCUCCCUCUGCGUCGUCGCGCUUGCUCUCUUUGAACACCUCGUCUUCCUCGCAACCGUCUCCUUCGGCCGCGCCUCCUCCCAAGCCGCCUGUGGCGAAGCCUGCAACACCCCCCGUCAAGCCUACCCCACCUCCUUCCGCGCCACCUGUCAAGCGCCGCUUCCAGGCUUCUUCUUCUCCUGCUCCGAGUGCUCCACCCCGCACAGCCCCGGCUAGCAACCUUGUCGCUCCUACACUGAGCUACGACGCUUGGGAGGCUCGCACCGUCAGAAAUGUCUUCUCCGUUACGCUCAAGAGAUCCGAGGCCGAAGCCAGUAACUGGAAGUUGUGCUGGCUGAAGGACCUCGAAGGCGAGAUUAAGGAAGAGAAUCCAGGGAACCCAGCUGCUCUCAAUGUAAACUUGGCACUCCGCGAUAGGCUUCUCAUUGCGAGGCUGUCCCUCGAUCCCUCUACAAUGGCCACAUCGGAUGAUCCCGACCAGCUCACGGUUCUGGCGGGACUGCCGCAGGACGAGACCGUUUUUGAGUACCUCACAGGGGCCUGGAAGCGCCUUUACACCGCCAACCGAGAGUUCAACAGACUUCAGUAUAGCAAGGAGGAGAAGGCGAAAUGGGUCGCCGCGUUUGAUGAGCUUAAGCGGCUUAUCAUCUCCUACAGCGGAAUGACACUGGAGGACCCUACCAUGUUCCCGCAGCCCCCGAGUCGUCCUGUGGGACCUGCAGAGUUCCUUCCUCUUCUUCUCGGCGUCACUGCGCCGUCGUCCGGCAACAGUGACCCGCUGUCGUCGUCGACAGUAGUAGCUCAGAGCAAGGGUGCACUUGCUCAGUCAGACUUGGUGCCAUUCCUCAACGACCUGGCUGCCGGCUUUGCGGACGGAUCAAUGGCUGAUGUCAUCACGCCAACCUUGAGCCUGUUCUUCCAAGAGUGGUUCAAAAUCACCCCUACGCCGGACCUUCUCGGCAAUGACUGGCGAAACUACCUUGGAGCGGUUUCCCUACUCGUGCAGGUCAAGCCAAUUGCAGCUCUUUUGCCCUCACUCCCAGUCUGGGUGGCUCCUUCUGUCACGGCCGCAAAGGUCGAGUGGCAGUCCCUUCUCGGUCCUCUGACGAGGCUGAGCGUCUUCCCUCGCGAGUUUCCAGAGAUCUGGAAGGAGUACUUCUCAAACCCUACAGACCGGCAGACGGCCGACAUCGAUGCAAACAAGGCGAACCUCCGCCACAGUCUCGAGUAUCUUCAAACUUCUCUGUUUUCCAUCUACAACAGUAUCAUCCGCGCCUCCCCAGAGUCACGAGAAGGAGCUCUCGACUUCUUUGCUUUGAUCGUGAAGCUCAAUGCCAAACGCCAAGGCAUGCAGGUCGAUCAUCGUUCGGUUUCUUCAGAUGGCUUCAUGACCAACCUGCAGGCCGUACUACUGAAGCUGUUUGAGCCGGUCAUGGACAUUCAAUUCUCCAAGAUCGACAAGGUCGACCCAGAGUAUUACCGCCACAGCAAGAGAAUUGACAUCACGGACGAGACCAAGAUCAAAGCGACAAAAGAAGAGGCAGACGAGUUCUAUGGUGCCGCCAUGGAUCUUGACUCGAAGCCGAACUUCAUUUCAGACCUCUUCUUCCUCUUGAACGCUGUUCACCACCUCGGGUUGGGCAAAACAGUUGCGACCAGGGUCAAGGCUGAACGCAACAUCUCUGAUAUGGAGAAGGACCUCAAACACCUCGAGUCGAAACGGGAGGAGUGGGCAGGAAACCCGGCGAUGCAAGCUCAAGGAGAAGCCCAAAUCGCAAAGGUGAAGAGCGACAUCGCGACUCUCCAUGCGUCACUGCAUGCCUACGACACCCAGCUUCUGGAUCCCAGGUUGACGCGCUUGAAUGUCACCUAUUGUGGAUUCCUCAUGACUUGGCUCUUGCGAAUGGCGGACCCGAAGCAUCAGCACCCUCAGGUUCCCAUUGCCCUCCCUCUUCCAGCUGAAGUCCCUCUCCAGUUCCGCAUGUUGCCGGAGUACCUCUUCGACAACGUUGUCGAGUACUACGACUUCCUUGCUCACCAUGACCCCGACGCGCUCGACAAUGCCGACAAGGACAUCCUCAUCACCUUUGUCCUCACCUUCCUUGCGCCCGGUUACGUGAACAACCCAUUCUUGAAGGCGAAGAUGGUAUCAAUUCUGUCCAACGGACUGUAUCCAGCCGGCUACCAUAGGCGUGGACCCAUGUUCGAUCGCCUGAGUGUUCACCCGGUGUCGAUUCAGUAUCUCAUGCCGGCGCUGAUCCGUUUCUUCAUCGAUGUCGAGAUGACUGGAGGUCACACACAAUUCUGGGACAAGUUCUCCUUCAGGCGCGAUAUCAGCCACAUCAUCAAGGCCAUGUGGUCCAACCCCUUGCACCGCGAAGCAUUUGUGAAAGCCAGACACGACGACUUCGACAUGUUCAUCAAGUUUGUUAACAUGCUGAUGAGCGACACGACCUUCCAUCUGGAAGAAUCUCUCACCAACCUCACCAAGAUCAACUCCCUUCGUGCCCAAAAAGCCGAUGAAGCGUCUUGGUCAAGAUUGGAGGAGGCGGAGCGCAACGACCUGGACAGCCAGUUGAGGCAGGCCGAGUCUUCCGCCCCAUUCCACACCCAGGAGGGGCGCAACUGUGUAGAACUGAUUCGGGACUUCACCGACACCACGAAAGAGCCCUUCCUCGUCGGAGAGAUUGUGGAUCGCCUGGCAGCAUCUCUUGACGAGAACCUUGUCAAUCUUGUUGGCCCGAAGAUGCAGGACCUCAAGGUGGCGGAUCCGGACCGUUUCUCCUUCAAGCCGAAACCCCUCCUUGCCGCAAUUGCCCAGAUCUACCUCAACCUUGGGCAUGAGGCCGACUUCAUUCGCGCUGUUGCAAACGAUCAACGUAGCUACACACCUGAACUAUUCGAACGUUUCGCUCGUGUGCUCAAGAAUCGUGCAAUCAUGACAGCUGCCGAGGUCGACGCCAUAGUGAGCUUCUCCAACCGGGUGAAGGACGCCAAGGCGACUAUCGAGAUUGAAGACGAGCGAGAGAUUCCAGACGAGUUCCUAGACCCUCUACUGGCUACAUUGAUGAAGGACCCAGUGAUCCUCCCCGUAUCACGCGUAACUGUGGAUCGCAGCACCAUCCGCGCCGUCCUCCUCUCCAAGGAUCUGGACCCGUUCAACAAUGUCCCACUCAAGUAUGAGGACGUCAUUCCCGACGUCGAGUUGAAGGCCAAGAUUGACGCUUGGAUUGCUGAAGGCAGUGUCCCGGCCCAGGGCAGCGCGAUGGAUGUGGACGCAUGAGAGGGCAACAAUUGAAAUGAGGAAGAUGACUCCUGCCGAUGGAGAGGCCCAUCGGCGGUUGUAACUACAAUGCAUGGCCG